AUGGCUCUAGCCCUAGUACAAACAGCUAGGAGACUUCGAAGGUAUUUUCAAGCACACCCCAUACAAGUGGUCACUGACCAACCUAUCAGAAGUGUGCUUGAAAAGCCAGAAAACUCGGGACGGUUGGCCAAGUGGGCAGUGGAACUGGGUGAACACAUCACCUAUGUCCCUAGGAAAGCCAUCAAGGCCCAAGUAUUGGCCGAUUUCAUUAUAGAAGUCCCUAUGCAAACUGUCACUGAAGUGAACACUGCAACCCCUGAACCCUCUGACCUCGAAGCUUGGAAGCUUUUCACUGACGGAGCUUCAAGUGUUGAGGGAUCAGGGGCUGGACUUAUUCUGAUCAACCCAGAAGGGUUAGAAUUCACGUAUGCACUUCGCUUUGAUUUUCAGACAACAAACAAUGAAGUCGAAUACGAGGCACAGAUAGCCGGUUUAAGGCUGGCUAAAGAAAUGAAGGUCCACAAGCUUGAGGUGUUCACAGAUUCGUUGCUGGUAUCGAGCCAAGUGAAUAAUAGCUACAUUGCAAAAGAGCCCAACAUGAAAAGGUACAAAGAAAAAUCCAAAGAAUUAAUGAACACCUUCCAGAUGUGUACAAUCAAACAGAUUCCAAGAUCCCAAAACAAGAAGGCAGACGCCUUAAGCAAGUUUGCAUCCCUCACUUUUGCUCACCUAACAAAAAAGGUGUUAGUAGAAGUGUUAAAAGCUCCAUCAAUUGAUGAAUUAGAAGUCCAAGACGUAGUCACUGACGAAGGAGUACUCGUCACUGAUAACGGAAAGCAGUUUGCUGAGAAGCCUUUCAACGUUUGGUGUAAAGAAUACAAGAUCAAUCAGAUCUUCAGCUCAGUGGCUUACCCGCAAUCAAAUGGUCAGGUCGAAAGAACAAACAGAAGUAUAGUGGAAGACGAGUCUGAACAACCUACACCAAAUGUUUCUCAAGCCUUAGAAAUAUAA